UGGAUCAGAUGAGGCAACAGGCAGCAGCAGGUGGCCAGCCACACCCAAACCUCUCCAACGGUCCUUCAGCCAAGUCCUCCCCUCAUCCAGGCCUCCCCCAUACCACUCCUAUCAACCACACAGCCAGCCGGCCUCCAUGUGUCCCUCACCCCAUAUCCAAUGGACCAUGUACUUCGAGUUCUGCGGGGCUGCCAGGACACCUGGACCUGAAAAGUCACAGCCCAGUAAUGGGGGGUGGCAACGCGAGCAAUGGAAACAUGCCUUACCCGCAGCAGAACUCUCUACCUCACACCUGCACAGGCGCCAGUCACCCCAGCACCAGCAGCACUACCAGUAGUCUCAGUCCCACUGAUGAGACGUGGAGGAGCCAGCAACGCAACACUACCACUCAGGGGCUUCAAAAAGGUCCAGGUUCACAUUUGGCAGGUCCUAAUGGAGAACCCCCUUUCUCUUCCGCCUCCUCCCCUCAGACCUCCUCCGGCAUUCUGAAUCAAGGUGGACAUGGCUCUGGGCCCUGCACCGCCUCUUCUUCAGCCUCUUCUUUAUCCCCCACCUCUCCCCAGACAACACCCAACCACUUGUCCUCACCUCCCCACUCCGCUACUACCUCAAGGGUCCACACCAAAGACACAACGCCUUCUGGGGGCAAAACCAGCAGCACUGCUGUUGCUGCUUUGCCAUCAGGUCCAGAGAGCGCUGCAGGCCAAUGUGAAGGUGCAUCGCUCAGUCCUAGCACUUCCCCGGCACAGGGAUUGACUAAUCACAUCCAGCCGCGGGUGAUGGACAUCUCCUUCAGCCUGUCGCAGUCUGGUUCUCCUGCCUCUGGCAUACUCAGUUCAGACAAUCCUCAACUCUCAGCUUUUUUAAAGGGAAAAGCCAAUGCUAGCAGUAAUGAUGACGACAAAAACCACAGAGGAUCGUCUUCUGAGAAAAUCAACAAUGUCCACCCGGCUGUCAACAGCAGCAACACAAAGCCCCUUUCAGAGCACUCUGUGACGUCCUCUCCACUUUUAGCCACUGCAACACCCUCUCCUUCCUCAGCAGAUCCUCACACCACCAACAGCCUGUCCUGCCUUAACAGCCCGUCCAACUCCAACAGUCAGGGCCCCACGUUGAAUGGGAAAGAACCGGAGGACUCCCAGAGCCCUCUGAAAGUAGAGCCCUCUGGACUGGCACACAGAUGCACAGCUCCAUCUGCUCUGGUCCCCUGGUCCUCGGUUUCUAUCUAUCCCAGCUCCAGUGAUGUACUCAAAGCAUGCAGUGCCCGAAAAGGGCAGAGGCUCAUCAGCACCAUCUGCAUCGAAGCGAGCAAGCUGGAGAGGCAGAGAGUAAUGCCGGGCCCUGUAGUGGCCAAGCCCAGAGCCGGAGGUGACUGGGGUCGGGGUGCAGGAGCUGACCCCCCAAAUGUGAUAGGAAGUCCUUCCUGUGGGGUAGAGGCAUUGGAGAGCGGCAACAGAGCCUGUGCAGCAGUGGAAACCAAGUUCUCCCUGGCCAGAGGGGAGCCACUAGGAGGACUUGAUGCCCCUCUUGAAGGACUCUCAGGAGUGUUGGGCCUAUCAGGGGAAGCGGCGGAAAAGCAUACAGCAGCACCCUGGGCCACUCGUGUGCCAGUGCGUCCUGACCCAGGGGACUGGCACUGCCUGCCAGAGAAAGCCAAAGCGGGCAGUGUGUCGUUUCCUGAGAUGCAAACAGGUCCACAGCUGCCUUGCCGUACCUCUCUCAAAUUACCCUCACCACCUCUGGAUGGAGCCUCCAUUCCCCAGGUGGUGGGCGUCCCCGAGACAGAAAAUCUGCCGGUCCGUUCCGCACUCCUGGAAUGUGGGCUGCCCUCAGGCUGGCAAAGGGAGGGCUGCCCAAAGUAA